AUGGCUAUUUGUACCAGAAUUAAGUCAAAAUGUCCAAUUUUCGGUGACACUCGUGUUCUUAGUAAUUUAGUUUUACCUACCUAUGCAGAUGUAAUGAAGUUCUAUUUACAAGUAAGAAACCAAUUAAAACAAAAUAGUAAUGGAAAAGAUCCAACUGUUAAAAUAAUUUCUGAAAUAGUAGUGAUAGAUGUAGAAAAAAUAUGGCAGAAAGCCUCUAUUCCAAUAGUUUCGCACAUUCGUGCACUACAAUUGUUAGUAAAUUAUCACGAUAAGUACAAACAAAUAAUUAAAUCUAUUAAAAACAGGAAAAAUACAUUAACUUUUAAAUCAAAUCUAGAAAAAUUUCAGAAUAAUGCAAAAGACAAACUUUUUGAUUUAGCAGCGUGCAAAUGUAUUGAAUUCCAUCUUUGCUCUUGUGAAAAAUCUCGUAAAGUUCCCAUUAUCGAACAAAUGUUUCUCAAAGACCAAAGAUCAAUGAGAAAAAUGGCCAUGUCAUCGAUUGAUGUUUUAACAACCAAAAAACUCAAUAAAAACAUGCACAGAAAAAUAAUAGAAGCAAAUCGAAUUGUCAAACAAAAUAAAAAAGAGUUGUGUGUAAAUACUACUUUGGAAACUAUAGAAACGGAUGAAACAUAUUAUACUGACACUGACGACAAUACUGACGAAGAUUCCAAUUAUUCACCAAAUUCAAUGUCCUCAUUGCCUUCAACGUAUAGUACUAAUAAACAGUCACAAAUGAGACUCGAGUUACCAGCUCUAGCAUUAGCGUGUGAUAGAACAGGAAUAUCUGAUAGAACUGCUGCUACUAUUGCUAGUGCAAUACUACAAGAUGUUGGAAUAAUUAAAAAUGAUGAUAAACAACAUGUGAUUGACAGAAUGAAAAUAAGGAGAGAGAGACAUAAGAAACGUCAAGAUCUUAAAAUACAAACUGAUAAGCAACCAAAAAGUCUAUAUUUUGAUGGACGUAAAGACCACACUAUUAUAAAUCAAAAAAUAGAUGACAAAUAUUAUCGUAAUAAAAUAACAGAAGAACACAUUACACUCAUAGGAGAGCCAGGGUCUCGAUUUAUGGGACAUUGUACUCCUGUAAAUGGAACUGCUAUAAGUAUUAAAAACAGUAUUAUAAGUUAUUUAAAAACGAACGACAUAUGUACUUCAAAAUUGUUGGUGAUUGGUUGUGAUGGGACCGUCCGUAAACUACUGGUACUAAAGGGGUGUACUUAG